UCAUCCUGCGAAUAAAGUCGAUCUCACAUUCAUAUCCCAUUGAAUUGUUCAUUUAGGCAUUCGGAAACUAUUCUGAACUGCAGCGGAUAUAUCCGUUUAGCGUGAAUAACUGCAUCACAAAAAAGCGAUGGCUACAAUUCCAAUUAUUUCACCUAAAGCUCCAUUUCUAGGAUCCAUACCGGGCGGCCUUUCCAGUGGCUCGGUAGUACGAGUAAAGUGUGUCCUCAACAAUUUUGGAGAUCGGUGUCAGAUCAAUCUACAGACCGGUGCCGCAUUAAAUCCACGCGAUGAUGUCCUGCUGCAUAUAAGCAUCCGGCCGCAGGAGGGGGCGAUCGUGCGAAACACGUUGCAGAAUCAGAUAUGGGGCACCGAAGAACGAUACGGCGGUUGUCCAAUUACUUACGGUCAAAGUUUUGUUGUUUCGAUGCAGCUCGAGUGGGACCGGUUUAAGAUAGCCAUCAAUGGAGAACAUUUUUGUACGUUCGGUAAUCGAUUCCCAAAUCGCCAAGUUCAGUUCGUAUCGGUUGAUGGAAACUGUACCAUUGAUUAUAUCACCAUGGAAAGAGGCACAACGAUUACGCAUGGGUCACCCGUUGUGAUUUCAAAUCCUGGAAUGAUUGCAGUUUGCCCACCGUAUAUUCCGCCUCAACCAUAUCACCCAUCUGGUAGCGUUCUGUAUCCUCCGGCACCGCCACCACCUCCACCACCGUAUACUCCAUCAGCACACUACCCAGGUAGAAAAAGACGUACUGUUUUUAUGAAACUCUUCUAGGACAAGGGGUACCCAAAAUAUUCAGAGGGCCUUCCAUCACAUCCUCCACCCUAUCCUGGUUAUCCACACAGACCUGCUCAUGCAACUCCAUAUUCGGCAUUCACAGAUGAAUUGAGAACCAAAUUCGAAAAAAUGUCACACGAAUAACAAUUGUAAAACAAAAGCUUCCAAUAAUGAUAAAUCUACACCAUUGGAGUGAUUCUGUGAGACAUAAUCACAAUCCCGUGGAAGUGUAUUGAAUUAAAUGUAUCUUGAUGGCUGUAUAAGUGAAUUCAGUAAAAUUUCGUAGAAGUAUUUUUUUUAAUCAUUCUGCUUAGCUUAGUGUUGUUUUGCCCAAUAAAUAUAUAGAAAUGGUGUUAAAAUUGUAUUAAAGAUCAAUAAAUCGAUUUUUUUCACAUCUUAGA